GGCACAUGAUGCGUACCUCCACGUGGUAGUGUACUAGUGUGUGCUCAUUUCCCUGCACCUGCCGCGGGUGUCUUCGUCAAGGCUAGUUCCUUCCUUCCCGUUCGAUCCUGCUCCUGGGCCGCCGCAUCCUUCCCUAAUUCCCUUCACCUGCUCUGCUUCCUUCCGAUUCUCUGUCCGUUGCUUCCAAUCCAUAUUCGCCUCUCCUCUGAUAUGAGCUCUAAUCAACAGGGCUCCCUGUUGGCUUCAGUCAACCUGUUCCUGUUUCUGUCCCAUGGACAACCAUAACAUUUAUUAUUUCUUCACCCCCAAAAUCUUCUUUUUUUCAGAGUUCUUGAUCUUUUGUUUGCAUGGACUACUGAAAAUUAGGCGAAGCUUGCCAUUUCAACAAUUUUUUUUACUGAUGGGGUGCUUCGCCUUCAAGAGCGGCAAGAACAGGUCCAAGAACCAGCAGAAGGCCGGCGCCAAGACGCCGCCAGCCAAAUCGCCCCCGGCGUUCGAUUCCAGCGGCCAGAAGAGCAAGGCCUCGUCUGCGUCGGUGUCCACGCCGACGAGGAGCAUACAGGAGCUGUCGGAGGAGAGGGGCGCGCAGCGGCUGCGGGUGUUCGACCUAGAGGAGCUCAGCAGCGCCACAAACGGCUUCAGCCGCGCGCUCAAGGUCGGAGAGGGGGGAUUCGGCUCCGUCUACCGCGCCUUCUUCCGCUCCGCCGGCGGCGGCCGCGUCGUCCUCGCCGUCAAGCGCCUCAACCAGCGCGGCCUGCAGGGGCACAAGCAGUGGCUGGCUGAAGUCCAAUUCCUGGGCGUUCUUGAGCACCCGAAUCUCGUAAAGCUUAUCGGCUACUGUGCAGUGGAUUCAGAAGCGUGCAAGCACAGGCUGCUGGUCUACGAGUUCAUGCCCAACAAGAGCUUGGAUGAACACCUGUUCAACCGAGCACAUCCUCCCCUUUCGUGGAGACUGAGACUGCAGAUCAUGAUAGGCGCCGCACGGGGCCUGGAUUAUCUCCAUGAUGGAGUGCCGGAAGUUCAGGUGAUCUACAGAGAUUUUAAAGCAUCCAACAUUCUUCUCGACGCCGAUUUCAAGCCAAAACUCUCAGACUUUGGCUUGGCAAGGGAGGGGCCAACUGAAGGGAAAACACACGUCUCCACCGCGGUGGUGGGGACGCACGGAUACGCAGCGCCGGACUACAUCGAGACGGGGCACCUGACGGCGAAGAGCGACGUGUGGAGCUUCGGGGUGGUGCUGUACGAGAUCCUGACGGGGCGGCGGUCGCUGGAGCGGAGCCGCCCCGCGGAGGAGCAGAAGCUGCUGGGGUGGGUGCGGCGGCACCCGCCGGACAGCGCCGGGUUCCGGGCCAUCAUAGACCCGCGGCUGGGCGGGCGGUACCCGCUGGCGGCCGCGCGCGAGGUGGCCAGGCUCGCCGACCGGUGCCUCGGCAAGAACCCCAAGGAGCGGCCGGCGAUGAGGGACGUCGUGGAGGAGCUCGAGCGGGUGCUACAGAUGGAACCCCCGCCGCCGCCCGCCGACAAGAAAGGAGGCGACGGCAGGCCGCUGCCGUCGGCCAAGAGCAGAUGCCAUCAUGGGGUUUCACCUCCAAGGACUGCGUUUCACCUCCACGGCGUGCCAAACUGUUGAUCACCACUGUUCUCUCCACUCUGUCCAUAUCCUCCUGUUGUGAUUGCCUUCAACGUCAUUGCUCUCUAUCGUUCGGAAAAAAAAAAAAAGAAUUCCUUGCAUUCCACUAUCGGUUGAGUCGAAUGUAUUUUUCGGGCCACGGUUAAAAAUAAGCUUCAUUUAUUUAUCAUUUUA